AUGUCUGGAGCAAAACCCUUUCGUCUUCCACCAUGUACACCCACACCACGCUCAGAUAUUUUGCCUCCAACAUGCAGUGCCAUAGACAUUUUUCUGAAGCGGGCAAAAUCUCAUCUGCGCGACGCUCAGGCCAUCUUUUCCUCACACCAAGCAGAAAUGGCCCUCCUUGAACGCCUUUACUAUAAAGGCAAAAACCAACAUCGCAUGUCUCUGUUUUGGCAGCGUGUCUGCGAAAUGCGUCGGUAUGGUCGUCGGUUACAAGAUAUGAACGUCACUGGGAUGAUGGAAAACAACCGCGCAAUGUUUUACGGAUUGCAAGCACCUGUUAACUCAAAGCAAUUGAAGGGUGCUUGGACACACUGCCCUACCGCUUCUAGCCUCCACUAUAUAUUGAGACGGCUCGAACUAUCUUUUCAGCUCCUAGACAAGGUACGAAUAUCGACCCAAUCUAGUCAUCCACUCUCUGAUGUUCCCCAGAGUCGUUCUCGUCUACAAGACAUCUACCGGUUCGUCGAUUUGCACAAUAUGACUUUACAUUAA